CUGGUGGAAGUCUAAUUUCCUCUGCCCUGAUUGGUUAAGUAUGUGUCGUCUCUUUUCCGAUUGGUAAUGACGUAAAUAGUUUUGAAAUUUCAACAGCGGCUCGGUUUGUGUUGUUUUGCAUUUGGAGCGCUGCUUUGGCUCAUAGUGACUAGCUAUAACUUAAUCUGCAGCUACCGAUUUUCUAGAGAACUAUUUCUUCCAAACCUAAGCCAUGUCUUUUUCAAGAGCUCCAGUGAAGCGAUUUAAUGAAAAUAUCGGCUGCGCCCCAGCACCCGGUACCUACGAGCUGAAACCAGGAGAGGUGAAGGGACCUGCCUCUUUCCGCCGGUCAGAACGCUUCAAACUGCUCAUGGCCAGUGAUGCUCCCAGCAUGCUACCACCAUCUCCUUUUAAAGAUGUGCCCAUGUCACCUGUGCGUAGGACCAUGUCUGUGGAUGGUCUGGUUGACGGGUCCAUGUCAAAGAAAGACAAGAGUGGCCUAUCGAUGCAGAUGAAACAGCAGAAACUCCUGGAGAAAGAGAUCCGCUCUCUGGUGCAGCAGCGCGGGGGGCAGGACAGGCGCCUGGUAACCCUGGAGGAGGAGCUGAGGAAGGUGAAGGCCAAGCUGUCUUCUGUGGUCAGGGAUAAGACUGGUCUGGCAGCUAACUUCACCACCCUGGAGAGACAGCUGGCUGAGCUCAAGAAGACUAACGAGUUCCUCAAGAACAAGGUUUCUGCAGACACCACUAAGAAGAGAUUCCAGUCUAUGUCUAUGGAGCUGAUGGAGGCAAGAAACAAACUGGAUGUCAAGGACAAGGAGCUGAGUUUCCUGCAGAUCAGUACAGAGGGCCAGGUGAAGUUGCUGGAGACAGACCUGGAGGCAGCCAGAGCGACACUCACCGCCCUGAGGGAGAGGAACGAGGACCUGGAGGACCUCCACCACGACACCAAAGUCCACAACGAGGAGCUGGAGAAUGAGAUGGGUACACUGCAAGCUGUGAUCCAGGAGCUGAGAGAGGAGGUCGAUGUUCUUCAGGGUUACCUGGACGCAGCCAACGACCACAUCCAGGACCUGCAUAUGAAGCUUCGUAAGAAGACAGAGAUGGAGAACAGCAUGUCUGAGUCUCAGCACGAGAAACUGGGUCAUCUUGAGCAGAAACAGGAGCUGUGCACCGCGGAGCUCUGGAACUCUCAGAACAUUCUCCGUCAGAAGGAGGAGGAGUCAGAGAAAGGUCAACAGGACCUGCAGGCUUCCCGGGAUGCUUUGAAGGAGACCGAGAAGCUUCUGGAGCGGCGAGAGGCGGAGCUGACGUCCUCCCAGAAGGUAUUGGGAGAGAUGGAAACACAGAUGCAGCGGGCCAACCAGGAAGUAUCUGACUCCCAGAGGGCAGUGCGGCAACAGGAUGCGGAGGUAGUGCAUCUGAGGGAGGUGCUGAGGAGGACAGUGGAGGAGCUGGAUGAGAGAGUAGCUCACCUGGGAGAGAAGUGCAAAAUCCUGGAGGAGGAGAGAAGUAGGGGCCAGGGGAGAGUGGAGGAGCUGACUGCAGAGCUGAGCCUCCUGCAGGAGAACUGGAGGAGUGAGAAGGAGGUGCAGGAGCAGCUGGCGCAGACACACACCUCCCUGGCUGAGGAGCUGAAGAAGGAAAAGGAGCGUACAGCCUCCCUGGCCUCGGGGCUGGAGAGAGUUAGGGAGGAGACCGAGGACGAGAGGAAACAGUUGGAGGAUGAGUUGGAGGAGGCUCUAGUGGAGCUGUCGGUUCUGGAGUUGCAGGAAGAGAGGAGGGAAGAGGAGGAGAAGAGGAGAGACGAGGCCUUACAGAGUUUUCAGCAGGAGAAGACUGAGAUGGAGAGGGAACUGACUGAGACCAGAGCACUGCUUGAAAGCACCAGACAGGCCCUGAAGGGAGCAGAGGAGAGGAGUAGAGCGCUGGAGGAGGAGGUGGAGAGGGUGACUAAGCUGAUGGAGAGAGUGAAUCAACAGGAGGAGGUGGAAAAGCUGAGGGAGGAGAUGGAGGAGGAACAGGAGAAACAUCAAGCUAACCAGCAGGUUCAGGAGAAAGCCAGAAAUGAGUAUGCAAGAAUUCUGUUUGAGGUACAGACACAGUUAGCUCAGAGAGAUGAUGAAAUGAAGAAGGCUGAGGAGGUGUUGCAGAGACAGCUGCAGGAGGAGAGGAUGGAGAAAGAGGAGGUGCAAAGGCUACUCCAGCAAGCUAGAGAGGAGAACGAGGAGCUUCAAAGGCUAUUUAAGCAAACUAAAGAGGGGGUGCAGAGGCUACUGGAGCAGGAGAAAGGAGAGGGGGAUGUGCAGAGGAGAGACGUGAAGCAUGGGAUGUCAGAGGAGGUGGGGGGACGAGAGAGACUGGUGGAGGGGGUAGAGGAGGAGAAGCUAACUCUUCAGUGCUUGGUAGGGGAGGUGAAGGAGAAACUGAGCCUUCAAAAACAGUCGGAGAAGAUGGAGGACCAGGUAAAGAAAUAUCUGCCAUCUCUAGAGAACCACAUGAAGGAGGUAGAGAAAGAGAGGGAUGAUCUGAAAACAGUAGUGGUGUUUGAAAUUGACAAACAGGGCCUUCAGAACCAGGUAGAACUGAUGGAAGAGAAGGUUUCUCUCCAGAGCCAGGUGGAUGUGGUGGUCCAGGAGGUUUCUCUCCAGAGCCAGGUGGAUGUGGUGGUCCAGGAGGUUUCUCUCCAGAGCCAGGUGGAUGUGGUGGUCCAGGAGGUUUCUCUCCAGAGCCAGGUGGAUGUGGUGGUCCAGGAGAAAGUGACUCUCUAUUGGGAGAUGGAGGAACAGAGAAGAGACUUCCAGAGAAUGCUGCUGGAGACUCAAGACAAGAGUGAUGCAGAGACGGAACACUGGAGGAGACAGUACGAGGAGCUCUACGCCAAGGUCAAGCCCUUCCAGGAGCAGCUGAAUGGGUUUGCUGCGGAGCGGGACUCGCUACUGAACGAGAACGGGGCGAACCAGGAGGAGCUAACACGGCUAGCGGACGCCUACGCUCGUCUGCUGGGCCACCAGAACCAGAAACAGAAGAUCAGACAUGUGGUGAAGCUCAAAGAUGAGAACAUUUCCCUCAAACAGGAAACCGCUGUUGAAAGUUACACAGACCGACAAUGGCCAGACACUAGUAGAAGGCACCAACUGCCCUGCGUGAACAGGACAAAUAAUUUUGAGUCAUGAGGGUGUUGGUGUUUGCAAUCCUGUAUAUGUUUAGGGGAAACAAAUGCCUUUAUUUGACCAUCCUAUAGAGCCAUCAGAACCAACGUGUGAAUGCUAUCUGUUUCAGCAUAAAGCACGCCCCUGUCGUCUUUCUUUUGCUACAUAAGCAUUCAUAUUAAGCACUAAAUAAAUGUUUGUUCAACAUAACAGUUUUGUAUAAUGCAAAUACACAGUGCAUUUGGAAAGUCAGACCUCUUGACUUUUUCAUGUUACCUCCUUAUCCUAAAAUGGACUCAAUUGUUUCGUUUUUUUUUUCAAUCUACACACAAUACCCACAAUGACAAAGCAAAAACAGCUUUAAAAAAAUAAAAACUCACAUUUUACAUAAGUAUUCAGACCCUUUACUCAGUACUUUGUUGAAUCACUUUGGGCAGCGAUUACAGCCUCAAGUCUUCUUUGGUAUGAGGCUACAUGCUUGGCACACCUGUAUUUGGGGAGUUUAUCCCAUUCUCUGCAGAUCCUCUCAAGCUCUGUCAGGUGGAGGGUCGGUGCCCAGCUAUUUUCAUGUCUCUCCAGAGAUGUUCGAUCGGGUUCAAGUCCGGGCUCUGGCUGGGUCACUCAGAGACUUGUCCCGAAGCCACUCCUGCGUUGUCUUGGCUGUGUGCUUAGGGUCGUUAUCCCGUUGGAAGGUGAACCUUCGCCCCAGUCAGGUCCUGAGCGCUCUGGACCUUUCAUAAAGGAUCUCUCUGUACUUUGCUCCGUUCAUCUUUCCCUCGAUCCUGACUAGUUUCCCAGCCCCUGCUGCUGAAAAACAUCCCCACAGCAUGACGCUGCCAACACCGUGAUUCACCGGGGGGAUGGUGCCAGGUUUCCUCCAGACGUGAUGCUUGGCAUUCAGGCCAAAGAGUUCGAUCUUGGUUUCAACAGACCAGGUGCCUUUUGGCAAACUCCAAGCGGGUUGUCAUGUGCCUUUUACUGAGGAGUGGCUUCCGUCUGUCCACUCUACUUUAAAGGCCUGAUUGGUGGAGUGCUGCAGAGAUGGUUGUCCUUCUGGAAGGUUCUCCCAUCUUCACAGAGGAACGCUGGAGCUCUGUUAGAGUGACCAUCGGGUUCUUGGUCACCUCACUGACCAAGGCCCUUCUCCCACGAUUGCUCAGAGUCUUGGUGGUUCCGAACUUCUUCCAUUUAAGAAUGAUGGAGGCCACUGUGUUCCUGGGGACCUUCAAUGCUGCAGAAAUGUGUUGGUACCCUCCUCCAGAUCUGUGCCUCGACACAAUCCUGUCUCGGAGCUCUACGGACAAUUCCUUCGACCUCCUGUCUUGGUUUUUGCUCUGACAUGCAGUCAACUGUGGGACCUUGUUUAGACAGGUGUGUGUGUGCCUUUCCAGAUCAUGUCCAAUCAAUAGAAUUUACCACAGGUGGACUCUAAUCAAGUUGUAGCAAUAUCUCAUGGAUGAUCAAUGGAAACAGGAUGCACCAGAGCUCAAUUUAGAGUCUCAUAGCAAAGGGUCUAAAUACAUAUGUAAGUAAGGUAUUUCAGUUUUAUCUUGAAUAAAUUAGCCAAACAUGUUUUGCCUGUUUUCUUUUUGUCAUUAUGGUAUAUUGUGUGUAGAUUGAGGAAAAACGUUUUAUUUAAUCCAUGUUAGAGUAAGGCUGUCACGUAACAAUGUGGAAAAAGUGACGGGCUGAAUACUUUCUGAAGGCACUGUAGAUGUUUCAGCUAGAAUCAUUUUAGCAUGACUUAUUUUGUGUGUAAUCAACAUUUUUGGUAGUUUUCUUUCCAGAGGAGGAAACUUCUCUCUUUUUGACUUUGUAAAAAAAUAUAUAUAUAUAUAAUUGUAUUCUUCCAAAAUACCGACUCUUUUCUAAAUAAAGCUCAAUGUUUGCCCUUCUCCUUCACUCUGAGAGAAGCGGGAGGAUUGUUUUCAAUGAA